AUGGAUGAAGGCGAGCGACGUACCGUGAAGAGGUCGCGCUUUGAUCAGACCGAGCCUGAACCUCGUCGUUCGCGCUUCGACCGACGAUCUCGUUCUCCGCCGCCCGCCAGGAAGCAGGAUUCCGGUCGCGAUCGCAGUCCACUCAAGAACGACGCCGAUGGCUCUGCCGAGUCCAAACGCCCCAAUGCUGUUGAUGCGGCUGCAGCUGCAGCCGCUGCCGCUGCCAAAAUCAAUGCGCAAAUCCAGGCAAAGAAGGGUAUCCAACACGUCGAUGUGCCGCCCAUCCGAUCGACCUCGACCGAGUCUCCCGGCCCGAAUGCUGGAAACCCGCAGCCCAACCUCAACGGUGAGGUCUACGUUGCCGACGGCGACUACAUCAAGGAUAUGGAGGUCAAUGACCUGCGCAACCGUUAUCUACUGACCAAGGGUUCAACUCAAAAGAUGAUUAAAGAAGAGACCGGAGCUGAUGUCACCACCCGAGGCAGUUACUAUCCCGACAAGAGCAUGGCUACGGCUGCUAACCCUCCCCUCUACCUCCACGUUACUAGCACCUCGAAAACCGGCCUUGAUCAGGCCAUUGCCAAGAUUGAAGAGCUCAUGAAGCAGGAACUACCCAACCUUGUGGACGAAAGACGAUUCAGACGCAGAGACCAGGAGCAGGUUGAACGGGACGAGUUCGGUCGAAGAAAGUGGCCCGAUGCUAAGAUUCCCAUCGAUCUUGAGCCUGUUCCGGGCUUCAACUUGCGAGCGCAGGUAGUGGGACACGGAGGAUCCUACGUGAAACACAUUCAGCAGGAGACCAAUUGCCGAGUGCAGAUCAAGGGUCGCGGAUCUGGCUACCUCGAGGCUUCUACCAACCGUGAAAGUGAUGAAGAAAUGUACUUGCAUGUAGCUGGUCCUGACCCGGCAAUGGUCGACAGAGCCAAGCAGCUUUGUGAGGAUCUUCUUGCUAGCGUCAAGGAACAGUAUGAAGAGUUCAAAAGCCGUCCCCCGCGCCAGUAUGGAAGACAUGAUGGCCAUGGUGGACACGGUCACGGUGGACAUGGUGGCUACGGUGGACGAGAGGACCGCCAUCAUCAUGAUAGAUCUGGCGGCAACCAAGGCUACGGAGGCUAUGGAAAUAACAACAACAGUAAUUACAGCAAUUCCCCGGCUCACGGCGCCAACUCGGCUUCGCCUGCGCCUGGGGCUGCUUCUGCUGCUGCGAAUCCCAACGACCAGUAUGCCCAAGCCUACGCCCAAUACUAUGGUGGACAGGCAGACCCCUAUGCUGCCUACGGUGGCUACGCAGCAUACAUGCAAUAUUAUCAGCAAUACUAUGCUGCUGCUCAGGCUCAGCAGCAAGGCUCGCCUGCCCCUCCUGCUCCAGGUCAAUCUGCAUCACCGCCUCCGCCCCCGCCCCCGAGCGAGGCUCCUCCUCCACCGCCUCCCGGUGGUGAUCCCAACCCCCCACCUCCUCCCCCGCCUUCGGGCGGGUAUGGUUCUGUUCCGCCACCACCUGGUCUGUAA